AUGGACGUCCCUGAGCCCGACCAGUCGCCCUUCACAGCUGUGUCCGCGCACACAUCUAGACUAACCCGACACUACCAAGCCUACCUCGAUGCCUGCACACCGUACACAACCUACCGUUGGGUUGGUUCCGGGGUGCUCUUGCUCCUCUUCUUCCUGCGCAUUUUCCUCGCGCAGGGCUGGUAUAUUGUCGCCUAUACCCUCGGCAUCUAUCUGCUGAACCUCUUCCUCGCUUUCCUGACUCCAAAGUUCGACCCCUCUCUCACCCAGGACGAGGGUCUUGAGGACGGUGAAGCUGGGUCCCCUAGCCUCCCGACUAAAAAGGAUGAGGAGUUCCGGCCCUUCAUCCGCCGUCUGCCCGAGUUCAAGUUCUGGCACUCGGCCACCCGCGCGAUCGCCAUUGGCUUCGUUUGCUCCUGGCUCGCUGUCUUCGACAUCCCCGUAUUCUGGCCGGUGCUGGUGGUUUACUGGUUCAUUCUGUUUGUGCUGACGAUGCGACGACAAAUCCAGCACAUGAUUAAGUACCGUUACGUGCCUUUCUCCUUCGGAAAGACGCGCACGGGCAUGAACAUGGAUAUGAACAUGCCUUUAGGAUUCUCAACCUCCACCCAAAUCACUAUCCUCUUCAGAGGUUGGACAACCACAACCGUGACGCAAUACAUCUUCACCCUGGCCUUUCUUUUCCUCCUCGCCAUCUUCAAUCGCUUCCUCGGCGCUCUCAAAUUCCAACUCGAACAAUCCUGGUCCCAGCAUGUCGCUUCCCCUCCAGCCCUGCUUCUCGCUCCAGUGAAUUCACGACAUGGCAUCCGAAAAGCAAAGCUCAGUCCUCUCCCGGACUACAUUCGCGUGCACGGGGAUGAGAACCUUGAGGAAGAGACCUUACUAGUUUUACAGAAAGAUAAUGACACACAAAGCAUGUCAGCGAGGCAUCUGAAAGGUGAUAGCCCUCGGAAGAGAACCUCACUGAAACGCUUGCUCCCGUCAUGGAAGGCUAGUGGAACGUGGAGUCUCCGGAAAGACGGGACACGUGCGGUCGGUGUCGCACAAUCAACUCAUGCUGAUAUUGACAGGAUGCUCUCCGUGAUGACAUUCAACGUUGGCGUCUUCGUGGCUGUGAUCUUGGGCAUCUUAGUGGGCGAACUACUUCUUGGGAGAUUCUCUCAGGGAACACCCGGCUGGCAGGAAGGGACUUGUCAUGGGUGA